AUUUUCCCCGUAGUGGAACAAUGCAAUUUUUUAGAAAUAUUGCGUUCGCGCUGGUGCUCACUUCUCUCUCAUUUAUUGGGCAGACCAUGGCAGACCGGGUCACAGAGGAUCCCGAGUAUACGCCAGACAGUGUGAGUUGGGAAAAAUCAUCUCAAAGUAAGACCCAUGUAUCCUAUAGCAUGCCGCAUACUCUUAGCGAUAAUUAUAUUGUCACCCUGAUUAAGUUGAACUGGUAUGCGGCUUAUGCAUUUUGUGAGCAAAAUAACUGGAGUCUGAUUCAAAUUGAAACGGCAAAGGAUCAAUUCGAAGUGCAAAAUUAUCUAAACUUUUUUAAUCUUCAAGCUAACGACUUCUGGACAGCCGGCAACAAUUUAGCAGAUCUGCGGAACUUUCGUUGGGACUAUGAUGGACCCCAAUUUAGGUUCAUGAAUUGGGAAUUUGGUCAACCUGAUAAUUCAGAGGGCAGAGAACAUUGUGUUAAAUUGAUCGAAAAUUCUUUGCAAUGGGGCGAUGAUUCUUGCGAGAAUAGUUAUCAUUUCAUAUGCCAAAGGUUUUCUCAUAAUAAUACCGAGAUGUCAUACGGAUAUGGGUAUAUGUAAAAAAGAAUCUGUAGUGUUUGUAGAAAACUUUAAAAUAAAAUUUGUAAUCAAGUUUUAAUAA